AGAGGAAAGAAGAAAAAAAGAAGACUUUCUGAUAUCGCUAGUAGAGUUAGCUUUAAUGUGCUGAAUAUUUGUGUUUCCACACAACAAUGUCUUUAUCCGAGUCUUUGAGAGACUUUAUCAAGGAGCGACUGACCGCUGCCGCUGAGGAAAUAUUCACGGAGUUUGAUAAAACCAUCGUGCGGUACGAGGAAGAGCUGGACCGCCAGCGGAGGCUGCUGGAAAUCUGCUGGAACCCCCGAAUAAAGUUACACAGAAUAGACCUUUCAGAAAUGUUCAUUAAGCAGGAGAAUCUUUCUAAUUUGGACCGAGGAGAAUCAGAACUUCUCGGACUGAACCAGGAAGAUCCAGGACCUCAGCAGAUGUAUGAGAACCAUAGUGAUCUGCACCCGCUCCUUGUAAAAACGGAACAAGAUGAACCAGAACAUCCACAGAUACAGAUUGAACCGUUUGAUCUGAAGCAGGAGGCUGAUACCUUCAUAGAAAAUCCUGACUGUGACGAGCGAAACCUCAGACAAACUGUACCAAACUUCGACCAGCUCAACAUCCAGUUCUCUUCUGAAAAUGAGAACCAAAACCAGGAAAGAAGCGGCAAUGAAGACUCUGGAUCAACUACAGAUGCUAAACUGAGACAAAUUAAAAGGCAUCAGAAAACCAGAAAGCACUGUGACUAUAUAGACAAACCAAAAGUAGAGAAACAGAAGAAAAGACGGAUGAAGGAGAACUUGUGGGAUGGUAAAGAUUUUCACACAACUCAUACCAGCGAGAGACCUUUCUCGUGUCUGACAUGUGGGAAACAGUUUGAAAAUCGUGGAAAUUUAACUUCGCACACUAAAAUUCACUCAAGUCACAAACCUCACUUGUGUAUGACAUGUGGAAAAAGGUUCACUGAAAAAAAUCUGCUAAUGUGUCACAUGCAAACACACAGCUGAGAAACCGUUUUCAUGUAUAACGUGGAAAAUGCUUCAACAAUAGUGGAAAUUUAUCUCGGCACACUAAAAUUCAUUCAGGCAAAAGGCCUCAUUUGUGUAUGACGUGUGGAAAAACGUUCCUUCGAAAAUUUCAACUCAUGAGUCACAUUCAAAUUUAUACAGGUGAGAAGGCGUUCUCAUGUAAGAUCUGUGGAAGAUGCUUCAACACUAGAGGAAGUUUAUCUCGGCACAAAAAAAUUCACUCAGGCCACAAGCCUCACUUGUGUGUAACGUGUGGAAAAAGGUUUAUUCAAAAAUGUAAUUUAACUACUCACAUAAAAACACACAAGUGAGAGGCUGUUUUCAAGAUCUGUGGAAAACUUUCCUGCAAUGUAGUAAUUUGCAUUGUUUGUGAAAAAGGUAGACCAUUUAAGUGUCUCAGGCAGUACAUUUUUGUCAGACGACGUACUGACAUGACUGAGAUUUGUUUGUGUUUAACAGCGGAUUUUGGUCACACUGGUUCUGAGCUGUUGUGUUGUUUGAGUUGUGUUGUAAAGUUGCAAAACUCCAAUAAAAAAAAAAAGGAUUUUGUGACGCAAGGGCGCCGCCAGGAUUCUUGGGCCCCAUGACAAAAAAUGUAACCUCCCCCCCCCAAACUGCUGUUACAGUUUCUUGAGUCUAUCUCAGCCAUAUAAAGUGUCACAAUUUUCAA